AUGUCAUCUCAAGCCCGCGAGCUGUUACGCAAGUUUACAUCAUGCGACAUCGGAGAUGCGCUGGUCAAGCUCAAGUAUCCCAGAGGUGGCUUUCUGCAAGGCAUAAAGUUGCAGUCUGUCGACUCGAAAACUCGUAUCUUCGGCCCUGCUGUCACGGUCAAAAUGGUUUUAACACAAUGGGAAGAUAAGCCCAAGCUUGACACGCACUUCGUCGACCACAAUGUGAAAGGUGGAGUCAUGUAUAUUCAUCAGCCUCCUUCGGCAGUCUCUGCAUGCUGGGGUGGCCUCAUGUCCACCCGCGCCAAGUACCUUGGUGCGGAGGGAGUCAUCAUCAGCGGAAAAAUGAGAGAUAUAAACGAGCAUAAAGAGAUCGGAUUUCCUGUGUUUUCGCGAGGCCAGUCUAUCUUGGGAUCAAACACUUUCACCCGAGCCUCAGAGAUCAAUGUUCCAAUUCAGGUCGGCCGUGAUAUGUGGGUUAACCCAGGCGACAUCCUUGUUGGAGACGCUGAUGGUGUUGUAUCCGUUCCUCCCUCUCUAAUAGAGCAAGUCGUGGCUUUGUGUCAGGAGCGAGCUGAGAUUGAUGAGAAGAUGUUUGCCGAGCUACGUAACGGUGCGGCCAUGGGGGAUUUGAUCCGUACUAUCCGUAAGGAUAAAUAG